AUGAAUCCAGACAAACCAUCGGGAUAUGCACGCUUCUCCUCGCAACCAUCCACUAAUCUUAGCGCACCAACCAAACAGAACAUCAUCAUGGAUGAACAUACCCGAAACCACUUGCUGAAGAGGUAUGAGACGCAAGUGGCCUCUGGGGCUUCCAGCAUGUGUGCGACACUGGUUCUGGUACGUGUACCCCCCCUGGAGAACGUGAAAACGCGCAUGCAAACUCACAACUUCAAAAACGUCUCUGAAUGUGUCCAAUACUUGUGGCGAACUGAGGGCCCUCGUGGAUUCGUUGCAGGUGCUCUCCCGCCUCUCGUGAGUGUGACAACAGUUCGGGUGAUGAACUUCACGACAUACAAUGCGGCCAAGCAGAAGAUUUCUGCUCUUUUCGAACGCGUCACCGGCGUAUCUCCUGCGAAGGAGUAUAACAAGCCCGACAGUUCCCCUAGCAUUAAGGCACUUGUGACUUUUACUUCGGCAGGCAUGAUGGCGGGGCUGGUGACCUCCCCUCUUGCUUGUCCAUUUGAACUGGCCAAGAAUGUGGUCCAAACGUCGGUCUUGGUGUCGAACCGGGCUUUGGCAUCGCCGGAUGCUGCCAGGGAUCCGUCUUUGCGCAAUCGGCCUCGCUUGGGAACCAUUGAGGCUAUUCGGCAGAUCGUUCGUCGCCAUGGCUUCCUAGGCUUGUAUACCGGGUUCCGCCUUCAUGCAAUGAGAGAUACAAUAGGCUCUGGCCUCUAUUUUUCUAUCUACGAGACGUGCAAGCAGGAGACCGCCAAACGACUGGGGACAGACGAAAAGUCGCCGGUCGGAGCCCCAGCAUUGGCUGGUGCCGUCUGUAGCACCGUCCCGUGGAUAUGUACAUACCCACUUGACACGCGGAAGACCCGCGCCCAGAGCGUUCUCCUGGGCAAAACGAAGGAGGUUGGUGAAGCCUCGGUGGCGGUCGCCCAAUCUAGCAUGUACAAGGGGGUGUCUAUCAUCCUUCUUCGGACCGGGGUCAACAACAUGAUCCUCCUAAGCCUCUAUGAGUACCUCCGGUCCAAGAUCCAACAGCUUCCAGAGUGA